AUGUGGCUGCUGAACGAAAGAGGACGAUACCCUCGCAAAAUACAGAAGCUUUUUGCUCCCAGGCUACCGUUCCAGUAUAAAAAACCGAUAGACUAUCCGCCUGAGCAGCGUCGAACCACUCCCAUUACACCAGUAUCGCUGUGGAAAUCAGAGAUCGACAAAUACAAGGCAGAACAUCCCCCGGUAGCGCCAAAAGAGCAAAUACAAAUUUCGAAAAAGAAACUUCACGAAGAGUCCCAAAGAAGACAGUUUACUGCUUGGGAAGAUACGGAGCUGUUUGAGCAGAAUGAGUUCCUCAAGGACCCCUACAAAACGGUGUUCGUAGCUCGUCUUCCGUACUCCAUGACAGAGCUCGACCUCCCCGCGAUGUUCAAUCGCUUUGGCGCUAUAGAAUCGAUCCGGGUGAUCAGAAAUUCAAAAACUGGCCAGUCGAGAGGGUACGGAUUCAUUGUGUUUGAGCGUGAACAAGACGCUAAGAAUUGCAUCAGGGAAUUGGCUCCGACAGGUCUUCCUGUUGACAACAGUGUAAGAGCAAGAAAGAUUUUGGUGGAUACGGAACGUGGCCGUUUAGUGAGAUCUUGGAAACCUAGGCGAUUGGGUGGUGGACUUGGGGGUCGUCAUUACACCUUGGUUACUGCUCCUCCAUCAAGGCAUGCAUCUGCUGCUGCCUCAGGGAGAAGAAUGAACCUUUCAACCAAUCCAUACCAGCAAAAUCAACAAUCUCCAGCUUUUGGUCGUUUCCACAAACGACCAGCUCCUGAUCGCUCCGCUCCCCCUGCAAAACGUCAUGCUCCCACUCCUAACUAUGGCUCUGCUUAUGGUGGCUCAUCUGCUAUACCUCCUGCAAGUGAUCGAACUCCACAAUCGAUUCGUGAUAAAUACGCAAAGUACCAAAGGACCAGCGACAGGCAAUCUCGAGAUUCAGCAGACUCUAAUAGAUCAAUACGAUCAAUACGACGGGGUGAAUAA